AUGUUUGAUCGAAAAAUCGAACUCAACCGAGAACAUUUUCGCGCCAUAAUUUAUUAUAACUUUCAGAGACAAUUAUCGCAACAAGAAUGCCUUGCUGAGUUACUGUCUGUUUUCGGCAACGAAGUGCCACAUCAGUCGACAAUGCCCCGUUGGUAUGGAGAAUUCAAACGUGGACGGGUGAGUCCUAGCGACGAUCCCAGGGUGGGUGCACCAAAAACGGCAGUCACCCAGGAAAACGUCGAUGCUGUGCGCAAACCCAUCAUUGAAGAUAGACAUGCGUCCUUGAAUAUCUCAAAGACCUCAAUUCCAAAAAUUUUACAUGAAGAAUUAGGAGUAAGAAAAUUAGUUUCUCGUUGGAUACCCCACCUGUUGACUGAAGAGCAGAAAGCAGGCAGGGUUAAUUGGUGUCAAAAAACGCUUGACCGUUUCAAUUCCGGAAACUCAAAAAAUGUGUGCAGCAUUGUUAGUGGUGAUGAAUCGUGGAUUUACUGUGAAGAAAAGCCAACAAAAAUGGUCGCGACAUUUGUCUCAAAAGCGGGUCAUAUUGCAACAAUUCCUCUUAAUGACCCAAAAACAAGGCAGUAUUUAACGGAAGAAAACGUGGAAUUAUUGGACCAUCCUCCAUAUAGUCCCGAUCUAAGUCCUAACGAUUUCUUUACUUUCCCGGAAAUUAAAAAAAGACUGCGUAAAGAAGCAAUUGACGCAUUCAAAAAUGCCGUUUUGGAUCUACAAGCAAACGAGUGGGAUAAGUGCUUCGAAAAUUGGUUCGAGCGCAUGCAGAUGUGUAUUAAUCUUCGUGGAGAAUACUUCGAAAAACAAUAA